GAGACACAUGAAAUUGUGGCUAUCAAGAAAUUCAAAGACAGUGAAGAAAAUGAAGAAGUCAAAGAAACCACUUUACGAGAGCUUAAAAUGCUUCGCACCUUAAAACAGGAGAACAUAGUGGAGCUGAAGGAAGCCUUCAGAAGAAGAGGAAAACUAUACCUAGUUUUUGAAUAUGUGGAAAAAAAUAUGCUUGAAUUGCUAGAAGAAAUGCCAAAUGGAGUUCCACCAGAAAAAGUGAAAAGCUAUAUCUACCAGCUAAUUAAAGCAAUUCAUUGGUGCCAUAAGAAUGAUAUUGUUCACAGAGAUAUCAAGCCAGAGAAUCUCUUAAUAAGCCACAAUGAUGUUCUGAAGUUGUGUGACUUUGGCUUUGCUCGUAAUCUCUCCGAAGGAAGCAACGCUAACUAUACAGAAUAUGUAGCUACCAGAUGGUACCGCUCACCAGAACUCUUGCUUGGAGCCCCUUAUGGAAAGGCUGUGGAUAUGUGGUCUGUAGGCUGUAUCCUGGGAGAGCUGAGUGACGGGCAGCCCUUGUUUCCUGGCGAGAGUGAGAUUGACCAGCUCUUUACCAUUCAGAAGGUGCUAGGCCCACUGCCAGCCGAGCAGAUGAAGCUCUUCUACAGCAACCCACGCUUCCAUGGCUUGCGGUUUCCAGCAGUCAAUCAUCCACAGUCUUUAGAGAGGCGAUACUUGGGAAUUUUAAGUGGUGUAUUGCUUGAUCUUAUGAAGAACUUACUGAAGUUAGAUCCAGCUGACAGAUAUUUGACAGAACAAUGUUUGAACCAUCCUUCAUUUCAAACCCAAAGACUCUUGGAUCGCUGUGGAAGCUCACCUUCACGGUCAGCUAAGAGAAAACCUUACCACGUAGACAGCAACACAUUAUCUAACAGAAAUCAAGCCAGCAAAAGUUCUGCUUUGCAGUCACACCACAGAUCAAACAGCAAGGACAUACAGACCCUAGGGGUUGGCGGGCCAAGAGAAGAAGGUCUUCCAGCAAAUGAAAGCUUUUUAAAUGGAAACCUUCCUGGAGCUGCACACAGUCCAAUGCACGCAAAAAAAUCGAGCAACACACCUGGAUCUGGCAACAAGGAUCUAGCCAAUAAUAACAUGCCACAUCUUCUCAGCCCAAAGGAAACAAAGGCAAAAACAGAAUUUGAUUUUAAUGUGGACCCAAAAAGUUCUGAUGGUGGAGGCACAAAGUACCUGAAGUCUAACACCAGGUCUCAGCAGAACCGGCACUCAUUUAUGGAAACUUCUCAAAGCAAAACUGGGACACUGCAACCUGGCGAUAAGCACAGUCGCCACAGCUAUAUUGAUACUAUCCCACAGUCUUCUAAGAGUCCUUCGUAUCGGACAAAGUCAAAGAGCCAUGGGGUUCUGACAGACUCAAAAUCCGUGGGCAACCUUUCUGAGGCCAGGGCCCAAGCUGCAGAACCAAACAGCAGUAGGUAUUUUCCAUCCAGCUGUAUGGACUUGAACUCUCCUACUAGUCCAACUGCUCCCCGACACAGUGAUAACAGAACUUUGCUCAGUCCGUCCGGGAGGAAUAACCGCAGUGAGGGUACCCUGGAUACCCGAAGACCGUCAACAAGACACUCCAAAACAAUGGAGGAGUUAAAACUGCCAGAUCACAUGGAUGGAAGCCAUUCCCACUCUCUAUCUGCUCCACAUGAAUCUUUUUCCUAUGGUCUAGGUUAUACCAGUCCUUUUUCUUCACAGCAGCGCCCUCAUAGACACUCUAUGUAUGUGAGCCGGGACAGAGUGAGGUCAAAGGGCUCAGAGGGUGGCUUAAGCAUAGGGCAAGGGAUGGCAGCCAGAGCAAACAGCCUGCAACUGUUAUCUCCACAGCAAAGUGACAAGAUUCUAUCAGAAAUUAAUUUGACAAGGCCUCCAGUAAAAGUUUCCUCCAGAGAUGUUACAACUGCAUUUCAUUCACAGCCAGAAUCUGGUGGAGCAUAUCAUGAUCCACACACAGAAGAUGGAGCAUCUACUAAGGAAAAUAGAAUUCUGUAUAAUGACCCUGUUCCGAGAAGAGUUGGCAGCUUUUACAGAGUUCCAUCUCCGCGUCCGGACAGUACGUACGUAGAAAACAAUGUGUCAAACAGAGCCUCUGUGUUACCAGCAGACAGCAGCACGGUGACAAACCACUCAAAGAGACAAACCACCUUUGAUACCUGGAAAAGUCCUGAAAACCUUAACAGUCACUCAGAACAGCUCAAGGAGAAAGAAAAGCAAGGUUUUUUCAGGGCAAUAAAAAAGAAAAAGAAGAAAUCUCAAACA